AUGCUGCUCAAGCUCUUGCAGAGACAGACCUAUACCUGCCUGUCCCACAGGUAUGGGCUCUACGUCUGUUUCGUGGGCGUCGUUGUCACCAUCGUCUCCGCCUUCCAGUUCGGAGAGGUGGUUCUGGAAUGGAGCCGGGACCAAUACCAUGUUUUGUUUGAUUCCUACAGAGACAACAUUGCUGGGAAGUCCUUUCAGAAUCGGCUCUGUCUGCCCAUGCCGAUCGACGUGGUUUACACCUGGGUGAAUGGCACAGAUCUUGAACUGCUGAAAGAGCUGCAGCAAGUCAGAGAACAGAUGGAGGAGGAGCAGAAAGCAAUGAGAGAAAUCCUUGGGAAGAACACAACAGAACCAACCAAGAAGAGUGAGAAGCCUCUGGAGUGUUUGCUGACACAUUGCAUUAAGGUGCCAAUGCUUGUCCUGGACCCAGCCCUGCCCGCCAACAUCACACUGAAGGACCUGCCGUCUCUUUAUCCUUCUUUCCAUUCUGCCAGUGAUGUAUUCAACGUUGCAAAACCAAAAAACCCUUCCACUAACGUCUCAGUUGUUGUUUUCGACAGUACUAAGAACGUUGAAGAUGCCCAGGCUGGAAUGUUUAAAGAAAACAGCAGACAGACAGUUUGGAGGGGCUAUUUGACAACAGAUAAGGAAGCCCCUGGGCUAGUGCUAAUGCCAGAUUUGGCUUUCCUGAGUGGAUUUCCACCGACAUUCAAGGAAACAAAUCAACUAAAAGCAAAAUUGCCAGAAAAUCUUUCUUCUAAAAUAAAACUGUUGCAGUUGUAUUCAGAGGCCAGUGGAGCACUUCUAAAGUUGAAUAAUCCCAAAGAUUUCCAAGAACUGAAUAAGCAGACGAAGAAGAAUAUGACCAUCAAUGGAAAGGAACUGACCAUAAGUCCUGCAUAUUUAUUAUGGGAUCUGAGUGCCAUCAGCCAGUCUAAGCAGGAUGAGGAUGUCUCUGCCAGCCGUUUUGAAGAUAAUGAAGAGUUGAGGUACUCGCUGCGAUCUAUCGAGAGGCACGCACCGUGGGUUCGCAACAUUUUCAUUGUCACCAACGGGCAGAUUCCAUCCUGGCUGAACCUCGAUAAUCCCCGAGUGACGAUAGUCACGCACCAGGAUGUUUUUCGAAAUCUGAGCCACUUACCCACCUUCAGUUCACCUGCUAUUGAAAGUCACAUCCAUCGCAUCGAAGGGCUGUCCCAGAAGUUCAUUUACCUGAAUGAUGAUGUCAUGUUCGGGAAGGAUGUCUGGCCAGAUGAUUUCUACAGUCAUUCCAAAGGUCAGAAGGUUUAUUUGACAUGGCCUGUGCCCAACUGCGCUGAGGGCUGCCCAGGAUCCUGGAUUAAAGACGGCUAUUGUGACAAGGCUUGUAAUAAUUCAGCCUGUGAUUGGGACGGUGGUGACUGCUCUGGUAACAGUGGUUCCAGCCGCUAUAUCGCAGGAGCUGGGGGCACCGGAAGUAUCGGAGUCGGACAGCCCUGGCAUUUUGGUGCUGGAAUGACCGGCGUCUCUUACUGUAAUCAAGGAUGUGCAAAUUCCUGGUUGGCCGAUAAGUUCUGUGACCAAGCCUGCAAUGUCUUAUCCUGUGGGUUCGAUGCUGGCGACUGUGGGCAAGAUCAUUUUCAUGAAUUGUAUAAAGUAACUCUUCUCCCAAACCAGACUCACUAUGUUAUUCCAAAAGGUGAAUGCCUGCCUUAUUUCAGCUUUGCAGAAAUAGCCAAAAAGGGGAUCGAAGGUGCGUAUAGUGACAACCCAAUCAUCCGACAUGCUUCUAUCGCCAAUAAGUGGAAAACCAUCCACCUCCUAAUGCACAGUGGAAUGAACGCGACCACAAUACAUUUUAAUCUCACCCUUCAAGGUAAAAAUGACGAGGAGUUCAAAAUCCAGAUAGUAGUAGAGGUUGACACGAGGGAGGAACCCAAAAGGAAUUCUACGACCCAGAAGGCUCACCAAAGUUUGGUGAGCUCCACAACACUUCUUCCAGAGGCGGAAAUCUUGUUUGAGGAUAUCCCCGAAGAAAAACGCUUCCCUAAGGUCAAGAGACACGAUGUGAACACAACAAGAAGAUUCCAAGUGGAGGUGGAAAUUCCGCAGGUCAAUAUUUCACUCCUUCCAAAAGAGACCCAGAUGAGCCUUAAUAACUUGGAUUUGCAACUAGAACGUGGAGACAUCACCAUGAAAGGAUACAACCUGUCCAAGUCAGCCUUGCUGAGGUCCUUUCUGAUGAACCCACAAAAUGGAAAGUUAACAGUAAAUCACCCUCUAACAACAGAGCAAAGAAAUGGCGGUUUGGAGGCCCCACUGGCAAAACAGGUUCACAAAAGCAUCCUACCAAGCAACUUAGGAACACCUGAAAGACUCCAGGGGUCAUCGCCUUUUCCAGCGGUGACAGUGAACGGCCACCCCCAGAGCCAGAUUCCACCCCUGGAAGCAAGAUUCAGGUCAAUAACCAUGGCUCCAACAGUAGGAGGCAGAAAUGUGUCAAGAGAAAAGCUCUCAUCUCUGACUUUCCCACUGGAAAGCAAGGACGCACAGGAAAAGGUCAUCACAGGGAAAGAACAAGAGAAAAAAACUGAGGGAAAUGCCAACAGUUACCCUGGUGGCAAUGAAGCCGUACCUGGAAGAAAACUGCAGCAAUACACAGACAGUUACCUGGGCUUUUUGCCAUGGGAGAAGAAAAAGUAUUUCCAAGAUCUGCUUGAUGAAGAAGAGUCGCUGAAGACCCAGCUGGCCUACUUUACUGACAGCAGGUACACGGGGAGGCAGCUAAAAGACACAUUCGCCGAUUCCCUCCGAUACGUGAACAAAAUUCUAAACAGCAAGUUUGGAUUCACGUCUCGGAAAGUCCCUGCACACAUGCCUCACAUGAUCGACCGAAUCGUGAUGCAGGAACUGCAAGACAUGUUCCCUGAAGAAUUUGACAAGACGUCAUUUCACAAAGUGCGCCACUCCGAGGACAUGCAGUUUGCCUUCUCUUAUUUUUAUUAUCUCAUGAGUGCAGUUCAGCCGCUGAACAUAUCUCAAGUUUUUGAUGAAGUUGAUACAGACCAAUCUGGCGUCCUGUCUGACAGAGAAAUCCGCACGCUGGCCACCAGAAUUCAUGACUUGCCUUUAAGUUUGCAGGAUUUAACAGGUCUGGAACACAUGUUAAUAAAUUGUUCGAAAAUGCUUCCUGCUAAUAUCACUCAGCUAAACAGCAUCCCGCCAACUCAGGAAGCGUACUAUGAUCCGAAUCUGCCACCAGUCACAAAAAGUCUAGUAACCAACUGUAAACCAGUAACUGAUAAGAUCCACAAAGCAUAUAAGGACAAAAACAAAUACAGGUUUGAAAUCAUGGGAGAAGAAGAAAUUGCUUUUAAGAUGAUUCGUACCAACGUUUCUCAUGUAGUUGGCCAGUUGGAUGAUAUAAGAAAAAACCCCAGGAAGUUCGUCUGUCUGAAUGACAACAUUGACCACAAUCAUAAAGAUGCCCAGACAGUGAAGGCUGUUCUCAGGGACUUCUACGAAUCCAUGUUCCCCAUCCCAUCCCAGUUUGAGCUGCCAAGGGAGUAUCGAAACCGUUUCCUUCAUAUGCAUGAGCUGCAGGAAUGGAGGGCGUAUCGAGACAAAUUGAAGUUCUGGACUCAUUGUGUGCUAGCAACAUUGAUUAUGUUUACUGUAUUCUCAUUUUUUGCUGAACAGUUAAUUGCACUUAAGCGGAAGAUAUUUCCCAGGCGGAGGAUUCACAAAGAAGCGAGUCCUGAUCGAAUCAGGGUAUAA